CCGCUCCAUUACAAGUCUUUAAUAAUCAGACCUUUAAGCGCCCCUUUUUAAUUAUAAUCUCUCAUCACCAAUAAUGCCUUCCCCAAAGACCAUCCUCACCGGCCUCCUCGCCUCUACUGGCGUCUUGGCCAAGAAUGAAACCUCCACCGUCCCCAACACGGUCCCUUCUCUGUGGGACGGCGAGUGCUUCUACCCUACCCCGGACAUUGGCUUCGAUACAGAGGCAUACUUGGGCCGCUGGUUUCAGGUCGCAGGGACCGUUGCGCCGUUUACGGCCGGCUGCAAGUGCAUCUAUGCGCAGUAUUCUCUGAACGAUAACGGCACGAUCAAAGUCAACAACACCUGCGAGGCCGAAGGCCGUGCCAUCAACAUCCUCGGCACCGCGACUCCGGCCGACGCCGGCUACGGUGCCAAGGGUGCUCUCCGUGUGCAGUUCCCGGGACAGCCGGGACCGACAUGCUCCGGACCCAACUAUGUCGUUCAGGACUACACCCCCGACUUUGCUCUUGUCCAGACGUACAACUUCAGCACGCUCUUUGUUCUCAGCCGCAAGCAGAACCCGGAUGAGGCCGUCCUUGAUGCCUGGAUCAAGCGCGCUGGAACUCUUGGCUCGGACCUCUCCAACGUCAUCAAGAACAACCAGACAGGCUGCUCGUUUACCUGACUCAAUGUCCAUGAGCAAGUGAGGUCUGAACAGGUGGUGGUUGGAUUAUAGUGCUGUCAACUCCAUGUUAGAUCAUCGUCAACGAUGCAAUAAAGUUCACAGUAAAAUAGAUAGAAUCA